AUGCCUAUAGAAAUCAAUGAGACCAUCACCUGUACAAAGGACCUGAUUGAAGUAGACAUCCCAAGUACGUUCUUCCUGUCCAAGAAUCCUCCAAUACUAAUUUCCGAUUUGCACCUUAAUGAACCAGAAUGCCAAGGCACUGAAAUAGGAAACCUCUAUGUGUUCAGCAUAAAGAUCAACUUCACAGACUGUGGAACACGAAUGGAGUCAGAUGGUGCUUAUAUGAUUUUUCUCAACACUAUCCAGAACAAUUUAUCUGACACAAUCACAAGAACUUUUGUCAACAUUACAUUUGCUUGUCGAUAUCCUAUUAAUUACAUGGUACAACAGCCUAAUGAUGAAAACAAAAUAAGUGUUGAUAUCAGGUCCAUUAUAUUAAACACUGAAGAUGGAAACUUCUCUGUAUCCAUGAUGCUGUACAAAGACCAGCAUUUUGAAGACAUGUGGACUACUAUCCCUUUCCUGAGUCUGGAGGACAACAUAUUUGUCAGAGUUAAAAUGGUAUCUGUAUGGUAUUACCAAGAUGGGAAUCAAAAGACAUCAUUGCUAGCAAAGACAAGACAAUUUUGUCCUAUCAGGCAAAAGACAUGA